AUGGUCCAAACCCAGAAAAUCACCCUGCUGCUGGUCGGCUUGGCAUCUGUGGUCAGCGCGCGAUAUCAACUCGUCCAGGACUACUCCGGCCUCAACUUCUACCGUGGCUUCGACUUCUUUACCCAACCAGACCCUACAAAUGGCCACGUUGUAUUCAAGAGCAUGCAGGAGGCCAACGCGACCGGCAUCGCUGGCUUUCUCGAUGGCGGUAAUGCUACAAACGCGAUUUACAUGGCGGUCGAUUCUUCCGAGAUUGCGCCCCAGGGCCGUGCUUCCGUGCGAGUCACGUCAAAGCAGUCAUUCGACAAAUUCCUUCUCAUAGCCGAUAUUGUGCACAUGCCAGGCGGUAUCUGUGGCACUUGGCCUGCUUUCUGGACUGUUGGUCGCAACUGGCCGUACGACGGUGAGAUCGACAUCAUCGAAGGCGUGAACGACCAAAAGAUGAACUACAUGACCCUUCACACCUCCGCCUCCAUCCAGCUCGCCUCGCCCUCUGGUCCUGUCCGCCGCAGCUCCAACAACGCAACCGACAACGGCGGCUACAACAACCCCUUCUCCCCACUCUUCGCCGGACAAAUCACCACUUCAAAUUGCGCGAUCGACGCCCCAAACCAAGACGAAAACGCUGGCUGCGCCAUUCUCGACCCAUCCCCACUAACCUAUGGCACCGACUUCAACGCCAACGGCGGCGGCGUCUUCGCUGUCCAACGCACCUCGUCAUCAAUCAACAUGUGGUUCUUCCCGCGCGGCAAGUUCCCCUCGGACAUCGUCAACUCCCAACCCAGCCCGAACCCAUCGUGGGGUCGUCCCCGCGCGGUCUUCCAAGGUGAUUUCUCCAUCGACGAGCACUUCGCGGCGCAGCAGAUCGUCUUCGACACGACAUUCUGCGGCGGGUGGGCAGGCAAAGUUUGGGCAAGCAAUCCGCAGUGCAGUAAGCUGGCAGCCACGUGUGAGGACUACGUGACGAAUAAUCCGGAAGCGUUUAGGGAGGCUUAUUGGGCGGUCAAUACGUUGCAGGUGUUUCAGGAUGAUGGAGCGGAGGAUGCGGCGGUCAAGGAGAUGGUGAAGAGUCACAAGCAAAGCGCGAGGAAGCGACAUGGACUUUGA